CUCUUAGAGCACGUCAUUUGCGUCAGCUGAACCAACAUUGAGGUGCGUCUGCGCGAUGUAGAGCGUUUCCGGUUAGCCUCACUUAGCUUGCAAAACAGAAUAGUGGCAACUGGAAAAGCUCGUUAUUUUGAAAGAGACAUACUGUAGGUUAUAUUAAAAUAAGUGCAAGCUAGCUGUCUAAUAGAAGGAUCAACUUGAAAGAGUGAAGAGAAGGGAUGGCGUGUGCCAUGGUACCGCUUGAUGAGCAACAAGUCACAGAGGCUGCUGGGCCCAUGGGAAAGGAGCGCACCCUGCCAGCCUUGCAUCCAGAUAGGAAGGAGGAGCGUUGUUUUGUGCCUUAUAAGCCCCCUCCUGAGGACAGCUCCCCGGCCGAGGUGGAGGAGUUCUUGGAGCAUGGCAGGUUCAUUACUGAGGACCUGGACUGGCUGCUAAACCUACCGCACGACAAGUUCUGGUGCCAAGUGGUUUUUGAUGAGUCGUUACAGAACUGUCUGGAUUCAUACCUACGCCACGCCCCUCGGGGAUUGGACCCUUCUUCCCUGCCCUCUUCUCCAGCGAUGGCAGAAAUGCAGCGCAGCAUCCACAGAGCAGUCUUCAUGACCUUCCUCAGGAUGGCCACACACAAGGAGUCCAAGGAGAGCUUUAUAACUCCGUCGGUUUUUGGAGAGAUCAUCUACAACAACUUCCUGUUCGACAUUCCCAAGAUCCUGGAUCUCUGCGUUUUGUUUGGGAAAGGAAAUUCUCAGCUGCUCCAUAAGAUGAUCGAAAAUAUUUUUACCCAGCAGCCGUGUUACUAUGGAGACCUGGAUGAGACAGUGCCCUCGAUUCUGCAGGUGAUGGACACUAUCCUUGCUAAGUGCGGUCUCCAGUGUGAAGGAGCCCCAGCCACUGAGCCCCUGAAGCUCAACUCACACGGGCGACCCAGCGCCAUGACCAUGAGUCAGCAAGACCUUGUGGACCUGGUUCUGUAUCUGUGUGACAGCUGCACCACCAUCCAGGCCUUCCUGGACAUCUUCCCUGCUGCCUGCUCCACUUUCCACUGUCACAGCUUCCUCAAUAGACUAGCCUCAUUCUAUGAGGCGGCUGUGCCUGACUUGGAGAAGGCCGUGAGGAAGAGAAACUUUGAUGACAAGAGUCUGCAGGAGGACCUGUGGAAUAGGGUGUGUCACUCUCGGAGAAGGAUGGUGGAGACGGCUCACCUGAUGCUACAACACACGUGUUUACAGCCCAUACUGGAAGGCUCUGAGAACAUUCAGAUGUUUGUGGAGGAACUUCUGCAGCACUUUACUUCUUUCUUACCGGAGAAGAGGUUCCUAGCGGACUAUGAUGAGCAAUUCCCUGUUGCUGACGACGUUAGUCUUCUACAGCAGGCUUUCCCUCUAAUAGACGAGACCAGGACCUCCUAUCUGCUCCAAGGGGUGGCCGAUGCCUGGGACAGUGUAGGCCGCAGGCGGCCCCAGGCCAGGCCCCAGCAGACACCCUCCCCCGAGGGCCUGGCUAUCCCGGGGGCGGAGGGUGGAGCUGGGGCCUGGGGUGGAGAGAUGGGCGUCAGAGAGCCGGGAGAAGGGGGGGAGAGCCCCAGAGGAGCAGAGGCAGCGCGGGAUAUGCCCCAUAAAGGAGACAAUAGCACGUUUCAUGGGUCUAAUCAGGGAUAUGUUGUCCAGGGCGCUGCGUGUACGAUAAGUGCUGGGGAGCUGGAGUCUCUGUUAAGCCACAUCAGAGACCUCCUGCCUGACCUUGGUGAAGGCUUCCUGCUGGCCUGUCUCAAACAGUACAACUACAACUCUGAACUGGUCAUCAAUUACAUCCUCGAGGACAGACUCCAUCCAGACCUGGACAAACUGGACAGAGCCAUGCCCAGGCCCACAAAGGAGGAGCUGCCCCCUGUCCUCAGCACCAGGUCCAACGUAUUUGAUGACGACGAGUUUGACGUCUUCAACAGAGACCAAGUAGACAUGACCCGUGUCUGGAAGGGUCGGAGGAAAGGAGAGAGUACCCGGGAGCUGCUGGAUAACAAGCAGCACAUAGCCGAGCUGAAAGAGCGCUACAUGGCCUACGAGACUGUGGUGGACGAGGUGGUCGUGACCCCGGGAGAACCCGGCGCCACCUACGACCUGGACGACUAUGACGACGAGUACGAUGACACGUACGAUAUCAACCAAGUGGGAGCCAACGACCUCGACGGAGACACCGACCUGCUCAACCGCAGGCCGUUCACAAUCCCUCAGGUCCUGCGACAAGGAGGUAAACCGACGGUCCUGGAGGAAGAGGAAGGAGAGGACGAGGAAGAGGAUGAAAAGGACAGUGCUGUCAAGAGAGAUCAGUUUGUUCAGGACCCAGCCUUGCUGAGAGAGCGGGCAGAGGCCAGGAGAGCUGCCAUGCAACACAGGAAGGGGUACCGUCCGGAGCCUGCCAGAGAGCGAGACGUGGUGGGUAAACCUAAAGGCCAGGGUCAGACUACAGAGACCCUCCUGGACAGACGCAAGAAGGAGGCUCACAAGAGCCGGGGAGCCAACCACAACCGCAGGGCUAUGUCCGACCGCAAGAGGAACAAAGGAAUGAUCCCCUCUUGAUGAUGACAAGGAAGUGUUGCCAUGAAGAAUGACCGACUGGAUGGUGCGUACAAGAUGGGAUUACUGCAGUCAAGGAAGGAAGGAUAGAAGAUGCAGCCAUCCUGGAGGUGAAAGGUCAUGACCCCUUACCACUCCCAGGGUCAUGCCAAAGUCUGUCCUCCAUAUUAGUCCGAUUUAUCUUUCUGCAGCAAAUCACAGCCCAGACCAUUUGCCUUUUGUUCUCUUUCAGUAAAAACAUUCUAGUUGUUCAUUUUUAUUUUUCACAAAAGGUCACCAAGGAUUAGUUCAGUGACAACUUGGAAAAUAGCCUGUUGGUGGAAUGUUGAAAGAGACAAAGAACACAAAAUGGUUUAUGGAAAAAAAUAAAAAUAAUUGAAGGUUGCAGUUGCUUGGUCCAAUACGAUGUGUGGGUUGAUUCACUUCGACCAAAGUGCUGCCUAGGUAGAGUUAGUGAGCAAAGGCCAAAACAAGCUUUAAUCCAUUUAUUAAGAUUUGGAUUGAUUGAAUCAUUAGCUUUGACAUCAUCAACAUUUGAUACACAAGGAAUAAAACAAGGAAAAGCAAGAUCAGCCUGACCAAAAUCAAACUUCUGUUGAAAAUAGAGGAACGACGGACCAGAACCUGUCAGUUGAGUACAGAUUCAGACAAAAAGACAGGCUAGGACCAGAGGUGGCAGAGUUCAUGUCACCCAGCUGACCCUCACCACCUGCUGUAACAACAUAAUCCUGUGUGUUGGGAGUAUGGUUCUGGCAUCAGACGGUAUAGAGACUUCUACCACUAGCCACGUACAACUACCGUACAAUGUGAGAAUCAUCCAGAAAGAUGUAGAAGAGCAUGUUUGUAACAAAAAAGAGAAAUCACUUUUACAAUGUGAUUUUGGAAGUUCUCAUAAAAAAAAUAAAAUCACCAAUACGUUUAA